UUUGGUUGUUUUGGGCUAUUUGUGUUUGUCUUCGGUAAUCAAUCGCAUAGUGACGUUUACCUACAUUCUGAUUGGUCAGAGAAAAGACAGGGAAUCACCUUCGUAAAAUGGCGGCUAAAAAUGAAAAUGUUUUGGUUUUCCAAAAACAAAUUCCGCCAAACAUCGCACAUUGUGUAUUUUUUGUAGAAUAACUUUCUUAUGAAAUUUUGUGUUUAUGGUGAUGAAGAAGUGAUACUAUCAGAUUUUUUACUGGACAUGAGACGAAGUCAGGCUCCAAGCCAAAGAGGACUACUGUUGCUAAAAAGAAAAAAUAAUGAAGAGUCUUCCAGUCCUACGACAAAAGCAAGACGUUUUAAGCCAAUAGAUACUACACAGGAAUUUCAACAUGAGUCUCCAUAUCGCCAACCACUUGCCAACAUUGUCAAUAUGCCAGAUUUUACAGAUGCAGUUUCACACGAGGCUCUUAUCAAAAAAAUAUUAUCAAAGCCAUUCAAAGUGCCCAUUCCAAAUUACCAAGGAAAUGGGUUGAGUCGAAUCCUUGGGGUCAGGCGUCAAGGAGUCCGGCAACCCCUGUAUGACCCGUAUGAAGAGGCAGCUUUAAUUUUAUACUCUCCACCAGAGUUAUCUGCUCAUGAGCAGUUGAAAGUUGAUUUAGAGAAGCAACCUGUCCAUGUUUUAGUGGAUCCUGUGCUCACUAAAGUACUCCGGCCUCAUCAAAGAGAGGGUGUCAAGUUUAUGUAUGACUGUUCUGUUGGUAACCAGAUUGAAAAUAACUAUGGGUGUAUUAUGGCAGAUGAGAUGGGCCUGGGAAAAACUCUUCAGUGCAUAGCUUUGAUAUGGACUUUGCUGAAACAGAGCCCCGACUGUAAACCAACGAUAGAAAAGUGUAUGAUCGUUGCUCCAAGCAGUUUAGUAAAGAACUGGCAAAAUGAAAUCAAUAAGUGGUUAGGUGCUAAACUCAAGACAUUGGCAAUUGAUUCAGGAAGCAGAAAGGAAAUAGACAAGGAUCUUGCUCAGUUUAUGCAACAGCAAGGUCGUCGUGUGAUGCAUCCCAUCCUAAUACUGUCCUACGAAACGUUUCGCCUACAUGCUGAAGUUCUCCAUAGAGGAUCAGUUGGCCUUGUCAUUUGUGAUGAGGGUCAUCGCUUGAAGAAUUCUGAAAAUCAAACAUAUUCUGCAUUAAAUCAGCUGAAAACAAGGCGACGAAUCCUUUUGUCAGGAACACCAAUACAGAAUGAUCUUCUUGAAUACUUCAGUCUUAUCCACUUUGUCAACACGGGAAUUCUGGGGACAGCCCAGGAGUUCAAGCGUCGUUUUGAAAACAUCAUCUUGCGAGGUCGUGAUGCUGAUGCCACAGACAGUGACCACAAGAAAGGAGUGGAAAAGCUGCAAGAGCUUGCUGCCAUUGUUAAUCGCUGCAUCAUUCGACGCACGCAGUCGUUACUCACCAAAUAUCUGCCCGUGAAAGUGGAGCAGAUCAUAUGCUGCCGACUGACACCCCUGCAGAUUGCCUUGUAUAAAGCAUUUGUCCGGUCCCAGACACAACGAUGUGACUCUGGCUCAGGCGGGAACGCAGCUUUUAGCAGCCUGUCUGCAAUUACACAACUCAAGAAACUCUGCAAUCAUCCCGAUCUGAUCUACGACAAGUGCAUGCAAGGAGCCGAUGGGUUUGAAGGAACAGAUGGAUUGUUUCCUCCAGACUACAGUUUGAAGACCAUUAAACCAAACCUUUCAGGUAAAUUUCUCGUGCUGGACACCCUCCUUGCAGUAGUGAAAGCCACGACAAAUGAUAAGGUUGUGCUCGUCUCCAACUACACACAGACCCUCGAUCUCUUUGAAAAGCUCUGCAGGCAGAGAAAUUACAAGUAUGUGAGACUGGAUGGAUCCAUGACUAUAAAAAAGCGGUCAAAAGUAGUUGAAAGGUUUAAUGACCCAACAACUGAUGAUUUCAUCUUCAUGUUGAGCAGUAAGGCCGGUGGUUGUGGACUCAAUCUGAUUGGUGCAAAUCGCCUCGUUAUGUUCGACCCCGACUGGAACCCGGCUAAUGACGAACAGGCCAUGGCUCGGUGCUGGCGCGACGGCCAGAAGAAACAGUGUUACAUCUACAGACUUAUUGCUACUGGUUCGAUAGAGGAGAAGAUCUUCCAGCGCCAGGCUCACAAGAAGGCUCUCAGCAGCUGUGUGGUGGACAAGGAGGAGGAUGUACAGCGACACUUCAGUCUGGAGGAGUUGCGCCAUCUGUUCCGCCUCAACGAGGGAACGGACAGUGACACACAUGACAAAUUUAAAUGUCGCCGGUGUGUGAAUGGUAUUCAAGUGCGGCCACCAGAUCCAGACACAGACUGUAACUCGGACCUUUCCCAGUGGUUUCAUUGUGCCGACAAAAAAGGUUUAGUCGAUGUGGCUCUCAAAGCAUCAUGGGAUUCUGGAGUAUCAUUUGUGUUUCACCAUCGAUCACAUGAAGAACAAAGAAAGACUGUUUAACCGAGACUGAGAGUUUAUGGGGCAGAGGGAUCAGGGGUGGGAAUUCUCCUCAGAUCAGCUGUUUGCCUCUUAUGGAACAUUGCAUUUCCUCGCAUUUUAAUUGUCCUUUCCUCCAAAAUGUGUCAGAUGGCACAGAUUUUAACCUAGGAUUUGAAGAAUUUCUGGGACCCUUCUAGAUUUCCUCUUUUUUUACAGUUCACCAAUUCACACCCCUGAGGGAUAGCUUUCAUCAGUGAUCACACAAACAAAUGUUGUUUUGCUGAUGGGAAUGGGGGGUGGGGGGGUUGUUACACCAGAACUCAUCACCCGAGAAACUGAUCGUCUCAAUUAAUAAU